ACGACGGCAGAUUUCUGUAGCUGAUUUUUUCCGGUUCAUUUUUAGAAAUAAUGUAUGAUAAAUGCUGGAAUAACUAAUUUUAUGGAUAUAAAAUGGAGAAUUUCUCCAGAGUUGAAAAAAUUGGUGAAGGCACUUAUGGUGUUGUGUACAAAGCAAGGGAUAGAAUCACCGGGAAAGAAAUUGCUCUAAAGAAAAUUAAACUAGAAAAUGAACCAGAAGGUGUACCAUCUACAGCGCUCAGGGAGAUAUCUGUUCUGCGGGAGUUGAACCAUCCUGCUGUUGUACGUCUACUGGAUGUUCUCCUCGCUGAUGAGACUAAGCUGUUCCUUGUUUUUGAAUUUCUUCAAAUGGAUUUGAAGAAACUGAUGGAAAUCUCUAAGGGGCCGUUAAGAUUAGAUCUUGUGAAGAGCUACUUGCGUCAGUUACUAGAAGGCGUGGCAUACUGUCAUUCGCGACGAGUGCUACAUCGCGAUCUCAAACCACAAAACCUACUAAUAGAUACUGUUGGACACAUAAAACUUGCUGACUUCGGACUCGCCCGUGCAUUCGGUAUCCCAGUUCGCGCUUAUACACAUGAAGUGGUCACGCUUUGGUAUCGCGCGCCGGAGAUAUUAUUGGGCGCCAAAUUUUAUUCUACUGCUGUGGAUGUCUGGAGUCUUGCUUGCAUUUAUGCAGAAAUGGCAAGCGGGCGCACUCUCUUUCCGGGCGACAGUGAGAUCGACCAGUUGUUCCGCGUGUUCCGGGCGCUAGGCACUCCGGGCGGGACGGGGGAGGAGGACAGCGUGUGGCCAGGAGCGCGGCUGCUGCCAGACUUCCGCGCUGCCUUUCCGCGCUGGCCGCGGCGGGACGCUCGACUCCUGCUGCCCACGGCCGUUCGCAACACGCCUCACGCAGCCUCGCUCUUCGAAGGAAUGCUACGAUAUGAGCCCAGCGAGCGCAUCUCUGCUCGCGCCGCCCUGUCACAUCCAUACUUUGCGGACGCCCCGCUUACACCCCCAGAUCUCCCUCCAGACAUUCCACCUGAUCCCUGCUCAGAUCCACCACCUCUGGGUCUUUGAUAUAAUAUGUGGGUUGUUUUAAUUUUAAAUUAUUGUAUGUCAAUUUAUAAUAAAAUUAUGUCAA